UUUUUUUUUUUUUCUUUUUUUUUUGCGCUUCUUGGCCUCGGCAUGAAGAAAGGGGGAGGGGCCGAAUUGGCACGGAUUGCUAGCUGGAUAUAAAGAGUCAUGGGGGCGAGGGGAAUAAGAGGGCUUCUUUUCGUUCUGUGCUUCGGAUGUGCCAGUGUUGGUGAAGCGUCUGCGUUUGCUGAUAUCACAAGGUCAUUGACGCUGCUCCUUGCCUGUUUGUUUUGGAUAUCGACUUGAUCUGAGUUGGUACUGUAUAUAUACUCCCAGACUGCAAGCAUGGUAUAUAUCACUCGUUUGGGUGGGGUGGUGGCCGCUCUUGCGGCCUUGGUUGUGGCUGCUCCGGUUGAUAUUCGAGAUGUCUCGACCACUGUCUACACGCAGCUGGAUCUGUUCGCGCAGUACUCCGCUGCGGCGUACUGUUCGACCAACCUCGAUUCCCCGAAUACGAGCGUGACUUGCACGAACGGACUUUGUCCGUUACUCGCAGCCGCCACGACCAAGAGUCUGGCCGAGUUCGAGGCUUCCGAUGCCUACGGCGAUACAGCGGGAUUCCUCGUGGUUGACUCCACCAACAAGAAGCUGGUGGUGUCGUUCCGCGGAAGCAGCUCGAUUGAGAACUGGAUCGCCAAUUUGGACUUCAUCUUCACGGAUGCCAGCGCGGUCUGCAGUGGCUGCCAGGUCCACCAGGGCUUCUGGAAGGCCUGGAGCUCUGUGGCGGACGCCUUGACGGCGGAGAUCGCGUCUGCGGUAACCGCUUACCCCGGCUAUAGCCUGGUGUUCACGGGGCAUAGUCUGGGGGGAGCGUUGGCGACCAUUGGCGCGACGGUGCUGCGGAAUGCGGGAUACUCCGUUCAACUGUAUUCCUAUGGAGCUCCCCGAGUGGGCAACACGGCGCUGGCCAACUAUAUCACGAGCAAAGGCUCAGGCUCGAAUUUCCGAGUUACUCACCUCAACGACGUCGUGCCUAGGCUUCCACCCAGGCUGCUUGGUUAUAGUCACCCAAGCCCGGAAUACUGGAUCACUAGCGGGACUGGUGCUGCAGUGACCUCGUCGGAUAUUGAUAUCAUCCAGGGUGUUGACUCAUCUGCUGGAAACGCGGGGGAGAAUAUCACGAGCGUGCUGGCGCACCUGUGGUACUUCAUCAGUAUUGGCACUUGCUAAUCGUUGUACCUGUGUGAGGUAUGAGAAAAUGUGGGUAUA